AUGACAGACACCAAGAUAUCCAUCCUAGGCCUAGCCCAAGACAUCCUCACCCAGACACAGGAAUUGACAAAGUACCUCCAGGCCAACAGUCUCGCUGCCCCCACCUUUGCCCCAGACUCCCCCGACCCCCCGUCCACCAAGGAAUAUCGCCGCCUUCAUGCCUUGCUCAAGACGUCUCUGGAAGAUCUUCAGCGCCUAAUUGAUGGCCCCCGCAAGUGGCUCAGAGAGUUCUGCUGUACCGGAUACGACCUGGGCGCCCUCCAGGUAGCCCUGGACUUUGACUUCUUCCUCCUUGUUCCUGCCAGCGGCGGCAUCCCCCUCCAGCACCUCGCGGACAAGGCCGGCCUCGAUGCCGAUCGCACGGGUCGCGUUAUCCGCCAGCUGAUGACCUACCGCAUCUUCGAUGAGCCUGAGCCACGCGUCAUCGCACACAGCUCAACCUCCCUGCUGGUGCAGCAGGACGAGCAGCUCCGCUCCGUCAUCCACUACUCCCUCGACGAGAUGCUCAAGGCUGCUGCCGACAGCAACAUAUGUUUCAAGGCCAGCCCGUAUGAGGCACACCAGAACCUCAACCCCUUUGUCACCCGCCACGGCGUCGGCAUCUUCGAAUACUACAAGAACAACCCCGACAAGGCCCGCCGUUUUGCCAAGGCCAUGGCCGGCCUACGUAGAAUGGACAGCCACCUCGACAAUCUUCUGAAAGACGGCUUCAACUGGUCCGCCAUCCAAGGCACAGUCGUCGACUGCGGCGGUGAUAUGCUAGCAGAGGGAGAAGAAGCUCUCUCCGAGGAUCUCAAGAGCCGUGUAAAGUACACGCACCAUAGCUUCUUCGACGCGCAGCCGGUUCACAAUGCUGCCGCUUUCCUUAUUCGUCAGUGCACGCACAACUGGGCAGAUAAAGACGUCGUUACCAUCUUCAAGUCAUUUGUUCCCGGACUUGAAAACUCCAGCCCUAAUACGCCACUGCUCAUCAACGACAUCAUCAUCCCGGAGCCGGGUGCUUGGCCUCGCCAUCAAGAACGUCUUGUCCGUCAGGUGGAUAUGGUCAUGCUGGUCAACUGUGGCGCCAAGCAACGCACCAGGGCUGAGUUUGACGAGCUACUAAAGCAGGCUGAUCCCCGAUACGAAAUUCGGAACGUCUUUGACAACGGGCCUCUCGGUCUUCUUGAGGUGUACCUAAUGCGUUAA